UUCGGAGGAGGAAUCAGGCAGGUUCUAGUAAAACACAUCGGAGCUAUAAAGCUGCUUAGGUGGAAGGUCCAGUGCUCACACCGCUGAAGUCCGGUUCAUUUCGCUUCGGUUUAGAGCACAUCAUGAACAAUGAAAGCGUCCAGCGGGGUGUGUUUGAAUUCAGAGGAUUUGCAGCACAGGAGUGUGUAUAGUGUGUAUAGUGUGUGUGGUGUGGUGAUUUGUUCAGCAGAAGAGGAGCGCAGGAGCACCAGGCCCUGGACAUUAGAACAUCUUGUGUUAUCUUUCAUCACAUCCAGGUGUUGAAACAAAAUGACGGAAAAGACAGCUCCUUGGUGGAGGUCCUUCGUGGGAAAGAGGAGGAAAGCUGCCAGAGAAUCGGCGUCGAUCCUGGAGCAGGACAUGGCAUCUUACGUGGCCACCGAAUCCAACCCACAAGCCGUGUCCAUCUCCAGCGCUCCGGAUCAGAGGAACACCUCAGUGACCAGCUCCCAAGCAGCAGGAGGACAAGCCGUUCUAGCCGAUGACACUUACGACGACUCUGUCAUGCAGCCGACGUUCAGUGAGAGCGCAAACCGCCGCAACCUUCGUGUGUCACGCUCGGGCCGCUUCAAAGAGAAACGGCGGACACGUGUGGGCCUGCCGGACCAGUACGACAACACAGAGAGGGAGGAGCCACCGAGCAAAGGCAACAUGGACUAAACAUGACGUUAAGGCAUGUCACUGCUAGAAAUCCCAGACUCUGGACUGGAUGUAUACUUAGAACCUCAGCCGUGACUGUGAUCAGUGAUCAGCCACAUCAGUGUGUCAUCCCUUCGAGGCUGUGGGAGAGUUUAUUGUGUGGAUGAUUAGCUGGAAAUGUGACAGUAAAACACACCUGAGCAGCUAAAAGUAGUAUGUGACUUAAAAUAAGAUGACUAAUGUGUCAUCUUCAGUAGCUGGACCCAGCCUACAGCCUAGCCAUUUCUUCACUGUGCAUUGGGGGACUCAGGGCUUGAGCUUGUUCCUAAAUGGACAUUAGACCGGUGUAUUUCCCUUCCUUAGACAGACACUAGAGCAGGGGGACACAAGCACAUGUCCUCUUAUAAAAGAAGUUUUAACUUUUUAGUUCACUUUCUUUAUUUUGGGAAUCAAAUUAUUUUAUGAAGGAUUUUAUAUAAUGUUUAUACAUUAAGACUGUUAAACAAUUGCACUCUUAAAAAAAAUGGGGUUUUUGAAGAUUACUAUUUUUGCUGCUUGCAGGAAAAUGAAGUUUAUAUCAGAUGAUAUUUGUUACAUGUAGAUUUGUUUUUAGAAACUACUGACAGACCACAGAGCUUUAAAGAUGAUAGAAACUGGAUGGACGUAGUUAUACCUCUCUACACAUAACUAAUGAAGGAGAUUAUUGAAUAUGAAUCGAGUGAUAUGAGCUGUGAGAUAUGAGCUCUGUGAAUGUGCCAUAGAUCAGAUAUGUCAGGGUUAAAAGGAGGUUAUACAGAGUUCAGAAGGAACGUUUAUAUCUUUAGAUUCACAGUUAAAUAUAGGUUUUAAAAACACUUAAAGAAAAAAAAAAUCUGUUAUUGCGAUUUUUGAAAUGCAUGACAAUGUAAAUAAAAAGAUCUAAAUAAUCAACA